AUGUCAGACGACCGCCCCUCUACCUCGACUAGUAAUGCAGACACUAGCAGCGAGAUUCGAGCCCCUUAUGUGACGCACCAGGUCACCAAAUUGGACACUCUGGCUGGGUUGGCUAUUCGAUACCAUGUUUCGGUGUCAGACAUAAAGAGAUCAAAUGGCCUUCUGUCUGAUUCAGCAAUGUAUGCAAAAGAUACACUGCUCAUCCCAACCCGAGCAAUGCCACCCCUUGGGGUGGAGUACCAGACAUGGGCGGGAAUGAUAGUGACGCAGUAUGGCCGCAUCCCGGGUGAUCAGCAAGCCAACGGGAUCCAUUAUGGUGGCAGCCAUGGGGGGUCGCCGCCAAGGCAGAGCGCAGCGCUGGACAAGCUGCAGCGCUACUAUGGCACAGGGGACACCUGCUCAGAGCCAGAGGACUUCAAACCAGGCUCCUCAAGUUCGGCAGGGCUCGAGCGGAUGGUUCGCCUGGCACGGCUCGGGGUCUUGGACCAGGGGCGAUCAGCGGAUGUGGAGAUUGAAAUGACCGAGUUUGAGGGGCAGCGAGACAGAGAACCGCCGCACUCUCCAACAGCGGGGCUCCUGCGAACGUCAGAGUAUGCAGGCUCGCGAGAGGGCCCCGGCUUUAGUGAGCGGUUGCGGCGGCGAAAAGCAUUGGACAGCCUGCCUGACUCAGAAGCCAGCACGAGUGGUGUUGAGGCUUCUGGCGAAACAGUGACAGGUCCUGCAGCCAGGCCCCCAAUGCCACCGAGGGGGUCCCCCGGCAGUGGCGGACCCGCCGCAGCUGUGGGGGCCGUGCCGGGGGGUCCCGACCCGGGCGGCAGCCGCCGGCAUUCGCUGAUGGACCGGCUAAAGCGCGCGGCCAGCCAGCCCUCCUUAGGCGGCCUCCCCUCCGGCUUAUCUGUACCCAAGGGCAUAGUCAAGGCUGCCGAGGCGCUCCUUGCGCGCUCCGACAGCGGCGGCAACGCCGGCGCGCCGGCUGCCCUCCGAGGAUCCGCGUCGGCCCCCGGCAUGGCCGAUUCCCCGGCUGCCGCCAAGGCACCUGCCGCUGCCAGCUCUACUCCCUCUGGGUGA